AUGGACGGGGGAAACGCUGGAAAUCCCGAAAUUUUGGACGAAACUAAUAAAACUGUGGAACAAGAAAACAGAGAUCUGCCUUUAACUAUGUCUGGACAGACAGAUUCGAAAGAAAACAUCGAACACAAUUUUCAUACUAUGUCCAAGGUAUGGAGAAAACAAAGCAACCAUUUGCAGAUUCAGCUUGUGAACAAUUGCGAGAUUACAUGUUUGCAAAAUGAGUGUCGAAUCCUGGAGGAAUGCAUGUACAAUCUUAGCCGAGCUCAUGAAGCAUUAGAAACUAUUAUAGAAUCCUCUGUUGAAAAAAUAGCACUUUAUGGAAAAUUCGAGGACAUGAGUCGUGAGAAUAAUAUGGUAAUGCGACAAGUGCACCAGGCGAUCCGUGAUCUAAAAAUGGAUUAUAGAGACGAACACUCAGUUAUAUCCAGGCGAACAAAUCGAAGCGCAGUUUCUCGCAGGUCCGGUAAAAGUUCUAUGUCCAGAUACUCGAAGGGGAGCACUAGCUCAUCUGCACGACAAAGACGGCAAGAUUUGGAAGAAGAAGCAGCAAUAUUGAAAGCCAAAAUGUGUUUGACUCAGGAGAAAGAAGAACUGGAUCGAGUUAAUCAACUGGCCUUAGUAGAAAUAGAAGGAAAAAUGUUGGAGAUUCAACAGGAAGAAAAGAGAGUCAAGGAACAAAUAGAAUUAUCCAAGGAGAAAUUCAAGAUAAAGGAAGAAUUAGCUCAAGCGGAAGCACGGAUCGAAGUGUGCUCAAGAUACGAGGACACACCUUUUCAACUUAUCGACGAGGUUGAUUCCAAGGAUGGAUCUCAGGAUCAUAUGCAGAAAUUUCUCGAAUCCCAGCCUGACCUAAGUCACCCAACAAUGACUACGGAAAACGAGACUGAAAUUGCCAACAUUUCCAGAUCCCCAGAAUCCCAGAACCACCAAGCUAAGGAUACAGAGAGCAAGAAACUACCUACAAACCCACUCAAUCCCCAUGCUCCUAACUAUGUACCUAAUAAUGCCGAUGAAUCAACUGUAGUCGAAACCUACCCCAAAGUAGCUGACCCUUCCAGUGCAUGUGAAGGUCCUGUAAACGCUCCAACCGCAACCACUACUUCCAAAGAUGAGGCGAAUAUACUUCAAACCCAGCUGUGUGCAAUCACCAAGUUGCUUGAAACCCACAACCAAGGUCGACUACCCAUACCCGAACCAGGUAUCUUCAAUGGUGACCCAUUGAAAUAUCCAAUAUGGCUAAAGGCCUUCGAAACGCUUAUUGAAAGUCGAGCAGUCAAUCCAGCCGAACGACUCCACUUUCUUGGAAGGUAUGUGGCAGGAGAAGCCAAAGAAGUAAUUCAAGGAUUUAUGUUAAUGGAUGGUGAGGACACUUAUCAAAGAGCUAAAGAGAUGUUGUCCAAACGUUAUGGCGACCCAUUUGCAGUGGCGUCUGCAUUCCGAAAGAAACUUGAUGCGUGGCCGCAGAUUGCUCCAUACGAUAGCUUGGGAUUACGGAAAUAUGCAGACUUCCUAGUUCAAUGUGAAAAGGCAAUCCAGAAGGUGGCAAGCCUCAAGGUUCUCAACGACGAUCAGGAAAAUCAGAAAAUGGCCUCGAAGCUUCCCAAGUGGGCUCUUUCGAGAUGGGGACGAACUGUUUAUAAGUGGAAGAAUGAGAAGAAGCAAUUUCCACCAUUCUUGGAGUUUGUUAACUAUGUAGUAACUGAGGCUGACAUCGCGUGUGAUCCAAUUAACAGUCGACAGCGCAAGAAUGAAGAAGAGUUUAAGGGACUCAGGUUUAGAAGAGAUAACACUGGUUCCAAAUUCGCACCUCGCGAUCGAAACAGAUUAGAUGCGGGCAGAGCUCUGGCAACCCAGUCUGAUAAUAAAGAUCCCAGUGGAAAUAAACCCGAAGUAAAGGCUUGUAUGCUCUGCGAUGGAACCCACGGAUUGGAAUCUUGCAAGAAAUACAAUGAAAUGGACGUGAAAGCUAGGAAAGAAUUUGCCAAGACAAAGGGACUCUGUUUUGGUUGUCUCGGAAGAGGACACUUAUCCAAGGAAUGCAAGAAACGAAAGAAAUGCAAUUCCUGCGGUAAGGCUCAUCCAACGUCUUUGCAUGGAGACUACAAGAACAGUCCUAAGGAUUCGAAGUCAAUGCAAGCCGGUACACAGACAGAACCACAAACUGUUCACUGUACUAAGACCUGUUCUGCGAGUGACGAAUGUAAUGCACAAAUUAGUUCUAUGAUUGUACCUCUGUGGCUACAUCACGAAAGCAACCCUGAAGCGGAGGUCCUCAUUUAUGCUCUUUUGGACGACCAAUCCGACACAACCUUCAUUACACAGAAUGCCCUCAGUAACCUUGGCGUAGAAGGACACAAGACUCAGCUUUCACUAUCGACCAUGCAUGCAGACAGCAAGGUUAUACAAAGUCAUAAAGUAAACGGACUGAUGAUUAACGACUUCAAUCGUAGUACCCAGAUACAACUCCCACACACAUUCUCCUGCUCAACCAUUCCCGUGAAAAGAUCUCAGAUCCCUCGGCCUGAAAUGGCAAACAAAUGGAAUCAUUUAGCAAGGAUUGCUUCGGAAUUUGCCCCCUACCACCACGAUGUUGAAGUGGGUUUACUUAUUGGAGCAAAUUGUCCUCGUGCGAUUGUGCCUCGCAAGGUCAUCCCUGGUUGCGGAAAUGAACCCUAUGCCCAGCAAACUGAUUUGGGAUGGGGAAUCGUUGGAAACGUGAACGAGUUAACCCAAGUGAACGAUGAACCAACCGGCGUAGCCCACCGAAUUGUAACCCAUGUCGCAGUACCGAGAGGAGAGCGUGAAAGAAGAUGCACUUUCUCUAUAAAGAAAGUCGUGAAGGAAGUGAUCAAUCCGCAGCAGAUCAGACAAAUGAUGGAAUCUGAUUUCUCUGAAAGGAGCAGUGAAAGACAGUCAUUGUCAAUGGAUGACAAGAAAUUCCUAGAGCAACUAGAGUAUGGAAUCCAUCAGACAGACAAUGGUCAUUACGAGAUGCCCUUGCCCUUUCGUGAGACGUUUCCCAAAUUACCUAACAAUAAACUUCUGGUACUGCAUCGAUUGGAAAGGCUCAAGAUCCGUUUGGGAAAGGACGAGCGAUACCGUCAGCACUAUGUUGCAUUUAUGAAGGACCUUAUCGAUAAAGGUUACGCCGAACAAGUUCCUGAAGAUGAACUUUCGGAUGAAGCAAAGACAGCGUGGUAUAUUCCUCAUCAUGGGGUCUAUCACCCACAGAAACCGGAUAAACUUCGGGUGGUUUUCGAUUGUAGUGCGAGCUACCAUGGUGAAUCGUUAAAUCAUCAUCUGUUGCAAGGUCCCGACCUCACUAAUGGACUUCUUGGUGUCCUAUGCAGAUUCCGACAGGGUCCGAUUGCAUUUUCAUGUGAUGUAGAAGCUAUGUUUCAUCAGUUUCAUGUGAACGUUGCACAUCGAAACUACUUGCGCUUUCUAUGGUGGGAGGACGGAGACACUACCACCACUCCAAAGGAAUUCAGAAUGACAGUUCACUUGUUUGGGGCAACAUCUUCGCCCGGAUGCGCUAAUUAUGGAUUGAAGAAAAUUGCCGAAGACAACGAGGAAGAGUAUGGAUUGGAAGUUGCAAACUUCGUUAAGGACUUUUAUGUUGAUGACGGACUGAAGUCUGUGACAACCGUUUCUGAAGCAGUGUCAAUGAUCCACAAGACCAAGGAUCUGUUGGCUCGAGGUGGUCUUCGAUUGCACAAGUCUGUUUCAAAUUCGAAAGAAGUACUUGCAACUAUCGCACCUGAAGAUCGAACGACCGGCCUCAAGAAUUUCAACUUUACUGAUGAUCGUCUUCCAAUCGAACGAACAUUAGGAACGCAUUGGUGCAUUGAAUCUGAUUCGUUUCAGAUCCGAAUAACGUUACAAGACAAACCUUUGACACAUGCCGUGGUAUCUUGUCAACGGUGAGCUCGAUAUAUGACCCGCUUGGUUUCGUUGCUCCUUUGUUAUUGAAAGGAAAACAGAUCCUUCAAGACCUGUGUCGCGACAAGGCCGACUGGGACGACCAAGUUCCCGAGGAUGUAAAACGAAAGUGGGAGAAAUGGAGAAACGACCUAUUACUACUAAACAACUUAAAGGUACAAAGAUGUCUGACGCCAGCUGGCUUCAAGCAAGUCAAAUCCAUCGAAUUGCACCACUUCUCCGAUGCGAGUACGACCGGCUACGGACAGUGCUCUUAUUUGCAUCUGGUCAAUAGCAAGAACGAAGUACACUGCGCAUUCAUAAUGGGAAAGUCUCGAGUGUCGCCUUUAAAGCCCAUUACGAUUCCACGACUUGAAUUAUCAGCCGCGUUGGUGUCUGUGAAAGUGAGCUCUAUGUUGCACAACGAACUCGACUACGACAGCAUCGUCGACGUGUUUUGGACGGACAGUAAGGUAGUCCUAGGCUACAUCAACAACAACACAAGGCGUUUCCACGUCUUUGUAGCUAAUCGAGUGCAGCAGAUUUGAGACAGCACCUCACCCGACCAAUGAAAGUACAUAA